GCCUAGCUCCCGCGCCCGCCGCCGCCGCUCGCCGCCGCUCGCCGCCGCUCGCCCGGCCCGCCCGCACGCUCGCGCUCCUCGCGCCGCCGCCAUGGGUCGCGGAGCCGCACGAGCCCCGGCGCUGCGGCUCCUCGCGCUGGGCGCGCUGCUGUGCCCGGCGGCUGGCGCCUGGGAACUCACCAUCCUGCACACCAACGACGUGCACAGCCGGCUGGAGCAGACGAGCGAGGACUCGAGCAAGUGUGUCAACGCCAGCCGCUGCGUGGGCGGCGUGGCGCGGCUCUUCACCAAGGUGCAGCAGAUCCGCCGCACCGACCCGCACGUGCUGCUGCUCGACGCUGGCGACCAGUACCAGGGCACCAUCUGGUUCACCGUGUACAAGGGCGCCGAGGUGGCGCACUUCAUGAACGCCCUGCGCUACGAUGCCAUGGCACUGGGAAAUCAUGAAUUUGAUAAUGGUGUAGAAGGACUGAUUGAUCCACUCCUCAAAGAGGCCAAAUUUCCAAUUCUGAGUGCAAAUAUUAAAGCAAAGGGGCCACUAGCGUCUCAAAUAUCAGGACUUUAUAUGCCAUAUAAAAUUCUUCCUGUUGGUGAUGAAGUUGUGGGAAUUGUUGGAUAUACUUCAAAAGAAACCCCUGUUCUCUCAAAUCCAGGAAGGAAUUUAGUAUUUGAAGAUGAAAUCGCUGCAUUGCAGCCUGAAGUUGAUAAGCUAAAAACUCUAAAUGUGAACAAAAUUAUUGCACUGGGACACUCUGGUUUUGAAAUGGAUAAACUCAUCGCUCAGAAAGUGAAGGGAGUGGACAUCGUGGUGGGAGGACACUCCAACACAUUUCUUUAUACAGGCGCUCCGCCUUCCAGAGAGGUGCCGGCUGGGAAGUAUCCAUUCAUAGUCACGUCCGAUGAUGGGCGGAAAGUUCCUGUGGUCCAGGCCUAUGCUUUCGGCAAAUACCUAGGCUGUUUGAAGGUUGAGUUUGAUGAGAAAGGAAACGUCAUCGCUUCACAUGGAAACCCCCUUCUUCUCAACAGCAGCAUUCUCGAAGAUCCAAGCAUAAAAGCAGACAUUAACAAAUGGAGGAUAAAAUUAGAUAAUUAUUCUACUCAAGAAUUGGGGAAAACAAUUGUCUAUCUGGAUGGCUCCACUCAAUCAUGCCGCUUUAAGGAAUGCAACAUGGGCAACCUGAUUUGUGAUGCUAUGAUUAACAACAAUAUUAGACACCCGGAUGAAGUGUCCUGGAACCAUGUGUCCAUGUGCAUUUUAAAUGGAGGUGGCAUUCGGUCGCCCAUUGACGAAAGGAACAACGGCACAAUUACCUGGGAGAACCUGGCUGCUGUGUUGCCCUUCGGGGAAACCUUUGACCUGAUCCAGUUAAAAGGCUCCACGCUGAAGAAGGCCUUUGAGCACAGCGUGCACCGCUACGGCCGGUCUACUGGAGAGUUCCUGCAGGUGGGCGGUAAGUCACCCUUCAACGUGAGGUGGGAGUUCCUGCAGGUGGGCGGAAUUCAAGUGGUGUAUGAUCUUUCCCGAAAACCUGGGAACAGAGUGGUCAAAUUAGAUGUUCUUUGUACCGAAUGUCGAGUGCCCAGUUAUGAGCCUCUCCGAAUGGAUAAGACAUAUAAGGUAGUCCUCCCAAGCUUCCUCGCCAAUGGUGGAGAUGGAUUCCAGAUGAUAAAAGAUGAAGCAUUAAGACACGACUCUGGGGACCAAGAUAUCAAUGUGGUUUCUGGAUACAUCUUAAAAAUGAAAGUAAUUUAUCCAGCGGUUGAAGGUCGGAUCAAGUUUUCUGCAGGAAGUCAUUGUCAUGGAAGCUUUUCUCUAAUAUUUCUUUCAUUUCUGGCAGUGAUCAUUGUUUUAUACCAAUAGCCAAAAAUUCUUCUUCCCAUUAAUGUGUGGAACUGCAUUUUUUUCCAAGUGAGAUUCAAGUCUGCCUUUCAGGAACUGGCUUGGUGAUGGCACAGACCAUCUUGCAGGCCCCCAGAAGCUGAGCUUAGAAGAUUGUUGAAUGAAGACACUGACAUCAUCACACAGGACCAGCAAGUUAAUGAAUACACAGGAAAAAUAAUGAAAAUGAGCCCUCUGACAGGAAGGCCAUCUUUAGUUUACAUGUGCAAAUUUUAAUAAAAUUUUAUUAACAAUCUUAAACCACAGAAAUCAUUAUUCUCCUUUAUAUCCACUUUAAUUUACCAGACAACAAUGUUUACAUUUUAUCAUUUACAAGGGAGUUUUAAGCACAUUAUCUUAUUUGAUGCCUGUAACUUUGGUGGACAAGGCAGGAAUUUCCUGUUUGACAGAUGGGAAACUGAAGCUCAGCAAGAGCAGACUUGUUCAAGGCCAUACGGCUGAAAGUGAUAGAUCUAAGACCUGCACCCAGCUUUUCUGACCUCAAGUCCAGCACUCUUUCAACUACAUCCAGUUACUGUUUGGAAUGAUACUUAAUGGCUUCCUCUCUUCAUAACUAUCAACAGCAUCAAGCUCCUGGAUGAUAAGUGUCUGCUUUAUUUCAGGUCUCUAUAUUUUCCUUUUUAGAUCCUGUUGUUAUAGUGAGUUUAAUGGACUAACACAGGGUAGCAUUCUCUCUUGUACCACCCAUGUGCCUUUAAUGAGUCAGGAAACAGUGCAGCAGAUGAUGGGAAAGGCAAAAAACAGUCCAGGGUCAGGAAGAAAGGGAAGGGAAGAACAGGACACCCAGGAUGUAUUUACAUUACAGAAGAAAAAGAGCUAAGGGCACUUAGAUUUGUUAAGGAGAUAUUUGUUAAGGAGUAGCACCAUAGUGCCUGACAUGUGGUAUUAGCUGUUAAUAAUUUUAUGGGAUUCCAUCAACUCUGCCUCUGUGCUCUUUCCUUCCUUCUUUCAAUGUAAAGGUAUCAUUAAAGAACCUUCUAAGACAAGGUGUAAUUCUAAACCUGCACCUGUCCCUCCCCAGCAAGAUGCCAGCACUGUACUCUAGUCACACUACACACACACACACACACACACACACUCUCUCUCUCUCUCUCUCCCUCCCUCCCCACCCCCACCCCAGUCACGGAAAAUCCAGAGGGAAGAUGAGACAAGGAUUGAUCUUUAAAAGUGGUAUUAUAUAAGGAUCAUUCUCAAAUAUAGAUAUGAGAACUCCUGCCUGGGAGUGAGUCCCUCUGAGUGGAAGCUCAAGAAACACCCAGACUGAUGAAAUGAUUUAUGCCCAAAAGAACAAAUACUUGCUUAAGGUGGUCACGAGACCAUGUGAGCCUGCUCAGCACUGCAUAAAUUAUUCAAUGAGAAAUGGGAGCCUUCAUCUUAAAAAAUGGUGAGCAAAUAGCAGUAGAGGUUUGGAGAAGCAGUGUUUGUUUCUUAAUGUUUAAAAAUAUUAAGUACAUGUGAUACAAAAAUAUACUUUUAAACUACAACUUCUUUAAGAAGACUACUGCAGUAAAAUAAUGCCCUCAGUUCUGUGCAUAUACAGAUUAGCUAUAAAUAAAUGUCAGUAAGAUUGUGAGAGGAAAAUUAGAGAAAGGUGCAUUUGGAGUAUAUUUUUUAUGCUUGGCCAGUAAAAUAGAAUAAAUUCUAUUGGACACAAAUUUUUAAAGAACAUUUUUGUAAGUUUUCUAACUAUAUGUGCAUGUAUUGUGCAGUGGUUUAAGAAAUGACCUCAGACACUUUGCAAUUGUAGAUUCAAUUGUGCAAUUCAAUUGUACAAUAAACCUGAAGAUAUG